CCUGACCUGAUCCCUUCACCUUGUGGCACCUUACCCACCUAUCUAUUAACACAUCCAUCCAUCCGACCUGCCAUACCCAAUUCCUCCUACUGGCAAACCGCUCUUUUCCUGCCGCCGCCCUGGACGGUGAGCUGUCUGUACAAACCCGCCGUCGCCGUCACCGUUGCUGUCAUGGCUACGACUCCGUAUGCCAGCUUCCAUGCUGCCCCUUCCUCUCCGGUCAUGCAGUACACACAGAGCGAAGGGCAACCCGCUGAGGGUAUUCCCCGACGGCUCAUGCGAGUCAAGGUGCUCUAUACCUUCGACGAUCAAAACAAGUCCAACUGCCUCGCUCGUUUACCAAACGCUCUAAGCAUCCCGACCGUUCCUUUAGAUGAAGAUACUCAGAUCGGAGUCAUCGAAUUGAAAACAUGCAUUCAGGCAGUCGUUGCUGCAAGCCCCGAGCUUGUGGCUAAGCUUGGUCACGAUUACACCGUCUAUGCCUACGACUAUUCCGAAUACGAAACACCCCUCGUUGGCCAAGGAAUGCUUUCAUGGCUUCUCGCCUCUGCCUCUGCAACGCCCAAUGCUCCCGCUGAGCAGUCCCAGACCAUGGUCACUGGCCGCGUCUGCAACAACAUAUUGGGCCUCUUCUCCAAUGGUAUCAAAGAAACUUUGGAAGUCAAGUUGAGGCUUGUCCCUGUGCCGACCAGCAUGCAAAGGGAGUACGUUGAGAACAUGGAAAGAUAUCAUAACUUGAGCAAGGCCGUACCGCAAGAUUUGUCCGAUUACAAUGCUUGGACCGAGUUCUUAAAGGCAAAUCCCACCAUUCGUCAGCUGGCGCAACCCGUCCCCGUAACCAGCCUGCAGGCAUCCGAUAGGCGUUACUCCAGUGGGGUGGACUCAUUCCCCGACAUGCAAACUCCCCAAGCGCCCGGAGAGGAUAGAAAGCAGUCUGACUAUACUUGGCGUUAUUGCAAUCCUCAUACAACCCGCCCUUCCAAUGAUACCCGCGCCUCUAGCCCUGCCAUAAGUAUCGCGUCGUAUCAAAGACACCCACCACAGCGAGAUAGCGAACACGCGUCGCAGUAUGUCCAAGACUUGAAUCAGGGAACCCCACCGAGACCGGCCUCUCAAGCGUCAUUCCGUAGCGAGCCUGCCAGCCAACUGAAGCAUCCUCUGCCGUAUACGAAUACUGGUGAGGAGGACGGUCCACCCAAAAAACGAGCUCACAUCAGCAAAGCCGAAAGGCCAAAGAAGGAUACUGCUCUAUAUCCUAAUACUGACUCGCUUCGUGUCACUGCCAGCGUGGCUGCAUCCGUUCGCAAUGUUCGUUCAAAUAGUCACCUGCCGGGUCUCGAUCACGCGAAGGAACUUCCACGAGCACCGACCCCACGUCCUACAGGAAUAUUGAGAUGCGAUAGAUGUCGCAGAAUCAAGAAAAAGUGUCACAACGAGGGUCUAGGGACUGUUUGUCAGAAUUGCAGCAAACAACCUCCUGGCAAGCGGCGUGAAGUAUGCGAGUAUCUGGAUGACUUCGGCAAACCGAUCGUUCCUUCUCGCACACCCGCACCUAGUCUAACCCGGCAUGCUUCUAUGGACGCCGGGUCUAAUCCAUAUGGUUUGUCGUAUGAAACGGGGACUAUGUCCGAUAUAGCUGCUGAGUCUGGAGACGAGGGCAAGGGGCGAAGCCCCAUGGAAACACCAAUGACUUUACCGUCGUCCCCGCCUCCGAUGCCUCGACGUACAGUAUCACCUGCCCGCUCCAGCCCGGAACUUCCAUCACUCCCACCUCCCCCUCCUUCGAACGAUUCGGGUUUUGUCAGCGACUUAUCCACCACAAAUGAGGGAGUCAGUACACAAGAGAAGAUCGUGGCAGAACGCGAAGUCGUUGCGGUACCCAAACCAAAACCUCGGAAGAAAGCGGACAACUCAAAACGGAAGUGGAACGAACUCGUUCCUGGCCCACCCGAGCUGUUGCCACGGUCGUAUACACCUCAACCGAACCCAAACGGUCCAUAUGGGCGUCCACGUCCUGUGAGCUCCACUUUGGCACCCCGAAACCAUGGUGUCAACGACACCGCAUCCCUGGAGCCGAACGCAAUCGCUAGCGAAGAUUUCAUGAGAUCUUUUCAGGAUCACCUCAACUCAUCUACCAGUGAAGGGAACGGACCGACGUCAACACACCCCCCUCCUCAUGCCCCCGUUUCCCAAGGGCUGUCGGUAGCACCGCAAAAUAAACCAGGUUCGCUAGACUCGAAUGUUCUGCCUACGUCACACAAUACCAACAAUGACCCGAGGAAGGAAGGCCUUUCUAGGUCACAUACUUGGUCCGGAGGCGAGCUGAUAACAGAUCUUCACGGUAAGCCAUCGAAACGGCCACAGAGAAAUUACAUCCAAACGAAAUUACAAAAAGCCCUUGAUGCUGGAGAUAUGCCCCAAUAUUGUCACAAUUGUGGUCAAAUCGAUACCCCUGCAUGGAGACGUGCCUUUACACGCAUUCAAGAAGAUAUCCCAAAAGACUUGCAGCUUUCAUCUAAAGGGAACAGCAUUACUGCCUAUCAAGUGGUCGAGGACGAUGCAGCCAACUCAAAAUACCGUAUCUUCAAGAUGAGCCUCAACGAUGACGAGAGGGUGGCCGAAACAUACACACCCCUUGUUCUCUGCAAUCCCUGUGGCCUGUAUCUGCAAAAAAAUCAUGCGUUGCGGCCUAGCGAACUCUUUCAGAGAGCAGAAGAGACCAAAGAGACCAAAAGGCGAAGGAAGGCUGCCCGUCUGAAUGCCUCGAUGCAAUCCCGUUCGGAUAUUGACGGUAUGAUGUCCGACGCACCAAAUCACAACUCCGAAGCCAAUGUGCAGGAUUCGCAAGAUCCCUCUGAGACUCCAGCAUCUCUCGAUGGCUUGGUCGAGGAAGAGCCAAACAAGACUCUUCCAGAACGCUCCGCUAGCGCUGGCGCUGGGCAGGAUGGCAACGAUCUUCCGGGCUCAGCCGCACAAGCUGCACUGCUUCGUGCAAUUCGAUCAAGCCCUGCCGGACUAGUCGGCCACAAAAAUUCGAUCAUCUAUAAGGAUGCCGAUUUAACACCGAAACCUACACGGAGGCUCUUGUUCCCGUCUCCUCGACAGCAUGGGGAAAAGAAACUAUUAUCUGAUAAUCGACCAUGUCAACUAUCGAGGGCCCAGACAACUCCUACCAAGGGUACUCAAACCGGUACCCCUGAAUUCGGUCUGGAGGAAGUCGAUAAGGAAAACUGCCCGCCGUCUGAGUUGGACGACCACCACGAGCUGUCGAAUCUCUUCGGAGAAAGUCCUUCUCCAAAGACAACACAUGUGAGCGAACCUUCGGAGAGCCUCGCAAAAACGCCAACACCCACUUCACGACACAACCCUUUGACUCCUAGACCUGGUGCCGACUGCGUCGAUCGAAUUACCCCUGGUCGCGUCUCGCGGACGCCAAGGACAGGCAAGAGAACCGUCACUCUAGCACCAGAAACACCGUUCACUCGUCAACUCAAUGAAUUGCUGUCAGAGGGUAUGCUUAGCUCGCCUUCAAGAGCGAUCGAUUUUUCCGACUUCUCCAUUUUUCCUACCUUCGCUACACCUGGACGCAAUACCAACGGAGCGCCUUUCUCGGACAUUCUGACUGGAGAAUUUUCCAGCGACUUUCCUGUACCAAGCUCCCCUCCUAUGACAUUGGGAUUCUCAGUCUUCGAAGAUCCUACCGCAAGUACGCCAAACCUCUGGAACAGUACGGGUGUCUUUGAUGGCAACGAGAUAAUGUUGGGGCACAAUGAAGGUGGCGUACAAAAUGGAGUGCAGGGUUUUAAUCCAGACUCCAAUCUAUUUGGAAUGCAAGGCAUGAGUGCAGACUUUGAGGUGCUGAUCGCACAGGUCGCCGGUGCUCAGGACAAGUCCUCAAACGAGCAAACUGCGAACGACAAGGAGCAGGUAGAACAAAACGGGACUGUAGAGGCUACAACGAACAAGUCCACUACUUCCCAUGAGGCCCACAAGUUGGUUACACCCGAGAAGCCAGACAAAAGCACCUAG